UGUAGAUCAUCGUUUGAUGUCCAGUCGACAUUCAUUUUGAUAGUAUUAGUAUACAAGUAUAUUAUGGUAGGCUAUUUUACUGUAUGUCAUACAGUGAUUUCGACUCUGAGGGCCGCUGUUGAUCAACGAAAAACGACUCAAUUGAAUGUAUAGGACCUCCUCCUUACAUGCUGUCAGAGGCAAAGAAGGGAGGAGAGUGAGAUUGAAGAGAAAAGAGCCAGGAAGAUAGCGACACAAACUGACUUUAAAGCCCGUCGUUUAUUUAUGAUUGUUAAAACAGUUGUAUACCUUCAGAUGUUCUACGCGAUGUGCAUUUUGACCGAGUACUUGAUACCUGUAUUGUUGUAGUUUAGUGUUAAAGAACAAACACAGACAAUGAGAUCAGCUAAAACAACACAGCGAAGAGCAGAAUGGAUGAUGGUGGCCUUUGCGAUUGUUUGUGUAAGAACUGUCUAUGCACAGAUGCGGUACUCCGUUCCGGAGGAGAUGAGGAAAGGUUCGCUUAUUGGGAAUAUCGCGAAUGAUCUCGGCUUGGAUGCAAAAAGACUGCGGUCAGGAAGAGCUCGUAUCGUCAAAGGAGACAGCCUCCAGUACGCUGAGCUGAAUUCAGACAAAGGGGUUUUGGUUGUCAGCGAAAGGAUAGACCGCGAGGAGCUCUGUGGCGAUACUACUCCAUGCAGUUUCACCUUUGAAAUUAUCCUCGACAAUCCUAUGGAAUUGCAUCACGUCACGGUUGAAAUAUUGGAUGUAAAUGAUCAUGCUCCAACUUUUCAGAAAGAUAAAAUUAAUCUUGAGAUCAGUGAAUCGGCCACGCCAGGAGCGCGCUUUCUGUUAGGCAGCGCAGAGGACCUUGAUGUCGGGGUAAACGCACUGCAAAAUUACAUUCUGACUGAAAACGAUAACUUUGUUCUUAAGCAGCAUGUUCGUCCAGAUGGAUUAAAAUAUGCUGAGAUGGUGCUACAGAAGCCAUUAGACAGGGAGCUGCGCCCACAGCUGUCUUUAAUUCUUACAGCCGUGGAUGGAGGAGAACCCCCGAGGUCUGGCACUGUUAAUAUUAAAGUGACUGUGCUAGAUGCUAAUGAUAAUGCACCUGCAUUUAACCAGUCGGUAUACACUGCAACUGUAGUUGAAAACGCACAGAGAGGCACAUAUAUAACUACUGUUAAUGCAAGUGAUGCAGACAGCGGAACAAAUGGAUUGAUUAAUUACAGUUUCGCAAACCUUAAAGGCAACGUUGCUACGAUUUUUUCAAUUGAUGAAGACACGGGUGUAAUUUCUGUUAUAGGAGAUCUCGACUACGAAAAGGUGAAGAAAUAUGACAUUGGAAUAGAAGCGAAAGACCAAGGUGGUUUAGGGGACUCCAGCAAAGUGAUAGUUGAGGUGAUUGACGUAAAUGACAAUGCUCCCACUAUAAAUGUCAUGUCUUUUUCAUCACCUGUGUCAGAAGAUUCACCCCUUGGCACAUCAAUUGCAAUACUCAACGUUAAAGAUAUUGAUUCGGGGGGAAAUGGAAACGUGGAGUUAAAAGUAGAUCAAAAUAUUGCUUUUAAACUGAAGUCAUCUUUAAGGAAUUAUUAUACAUUAGUUACUGAUGCGCUUUUAGAUCGCGAGCGUGUGUCAGAGUACAAUAUUACAGUCACGGCCACAGACUCAGGCUCUCCUCCACUUUCCAGCCAAAAAACAUUAACCCUUAAAGUGUCUGAUGUUAACGACAACGCUCCCGAGUUUGCCCAGAGUACAUACGAAGCUUUUGUUUUAGAAAAUAACCCUCCAGGCGUGUCCAUCUUCACAGUUAGUGCUCGAGAUAACGACUGGAGCCAAAACGCACGGAUAUCUUAUCUUUUAGAUGAAAGUGCAUGGGGCGGAAACCCCGUAUCUUCAUAUAUCUCCAUUAAUGCUGAGAGUGGAGUUGUACAUGCAGUUCGGUCUUUCGACUAUGAACAGAUGAAAAAAAUGAAAGUUUGUGUCAAAGCGCAGGAUGGGGGGUCCCCUCCUCUUAGCAGCAACGUGACACUGAACAUUAUUAUCCAGGAUCAGAAUGAUAACGCACCUCAAAUACUCUACCCAGUACAAACGGGAAUCUCUGGUGUGGCUGAAAUGAUGCCUCGUUCAGCAGAUGUUGGCUAUCUUGUCAGCAAAGUGGUGGCUGUUGAUGGGGACUCUGGGCAGAAUGCCUGGCUCUCAUAUAAGCUGCAUAAAGCUGGAGACAGACCGCUGUUUGAAGUGGGCGCACAGAAUGGAGAGAUCAGAACUGUGCGUCAGGUGACUGAUAAAGAUGCUGUGAAACAGAAACUCACUGUUGUAGUGGAGGACAACGGACAGCCCUCUCGCUCAGCUACUGUCAAUGUGAACGUGGUAGUGGCGGACAGCUUUCCUGAAGUGCUUUCAGAAUUCACAGACUUUACGCAUGACAAGGAUUACAAUGAUAACCUGACAUUCUUUUUAGUUCUGGCAUUGGCUGUGGUUUCCUUCCUCUUCAUUUCAUGCGUAGUCGUGAUCAUUUCAGUAAAAAUCUACAGGUGGAGACAAUCUCGCCUCUAUCAUUCCAAUCUACCGGUAAUCCCGUACUAUCCUCCGCUGUACGCUGACGCAAGCAGAACAGGAACUUUACAGCACGUCUACAAUUAUGAGGUGUGCAUGACGAAUGACUCUCGGAACAGUGACCUGAAAUGUAUACGGCCUGUUAGUCAGAGCCUGGUUAGCAUCGACGCAAGUGGCAGAGACACAUUGAGGCUAGCACAGAAAGCAGGGUUCCUAACUGAUUCACCUGAAGAGGUGGAGACAAUCUCGCCUCUAUCAUUCCAAUCUACCGGUAAUCCCGUACUAUCCUCCACACUACGCAGACGCAAGCAGAACAGGAACUUUACAGCACGUCUACAAUUAUGAGGUGUGCAUGACGAAUGACUCUCGGAACAGUGACCUGAAAUGUAUACGGCCUGUUAGUCAGAGCCUGGUUAGCAUCGACGCAAGUGGCAGAGACACGUUGAGGCUAGCACAGAAAGCAG